AUGGUGAAACGGAAGGCCAGAGCUAUUAGGACAAAUAGACAGUAUGUUGUUGCCACAAACAGUGAGGAUAGCAUUGCUGAAGAGUUUGAGGAAGAAGUUCUCCCUGGGGACGAUUCUUCUGAGGAUGAUGAGGAGGUCAUCGCUGCGAGAGAGAAAGUGUUGAAUUACAGCAGAGGAUGGAAGUCUGUCGCUCUUUUACAAGAAAGUGAUGCUGAUGAGAACAAUGUGGUGAAUCAGAAUGAUGCUACAAAUAAGGAUGUUGGGGUUGGGGAUGGUAAGGAUGUUGGGGUUGGGGAUGGUGAGGAUUCUGGGUUUGAGUCUGGUGAGGAUGCAACUGUUGGUGAGACUAGUGAAGCUGAACAAACUGGGGAUGACUCUGAUGGUCCAUGCAGUGAGUAUUAUGAUUCUUCUGAUCUUGGCAGCUAUAGGGAUAGCACUGAUGAGGACCCUGAGUUGAAAGAAGAUGCAAAGAGGAAGAAGAGUAGAUAUCCAACAUUCAAAAAGGGAAAAGGUAUACCUUCCUUUGAGCUUGGAAUGUUAUUUAACAGUAAUGCAGAGUUUAAAGAAGCUGUGUCCAAUUAUGCAAUAAUGACUAGGCACGAUAUUAGAUUCACAAAAAAUGAGCCUAAUAGAUGUAGAGCUAAGUGUGUGGGAUCAUCUGAUUGUAAUUGGCCAAUUUUUGCAUCUUUUAGCAAAGAUGUGAAAGGUUUUCAAGUGAAAACUUUUAUCGAUCAACACUUGUGUGAACCAAAAAGGAAAAUGAAGUUGUUGACCACUAAGUAUUUGGUGUCUAAGUUCUAUGACUUAGUUGCUGCACAUCCAGAUAUAAAGAUUAGGUAUUUGAGGCCCUUUAUGGAGAGACAAAUGGAGUUAGAUGUCAAUCUAACUUUGUGCAAAAGAGUAAGAAAGAGUAUACUUUCAGACUUGGUAGGUAAUUGUAUGAAAAAGUAUGGUAAGUUGAGAGAUUAUGCUGAGGAGCUAAUCCAUUCAAACCCUGGGACCACUGUCUCCUUGCUUACUGACAGACCUGUGUUAGGAAUAGAUGGUUGUUUUUUGAAAGGUUUAGUUAAGGGAGAGAUGCUCACAGCAAUUGGUAGGGAUGGCAAUAAUCAAAUGUUCCCAGUGGCUUGGGCUGUUGUGUUAGUUGAGAAUACAGAGACAUGGACAUGGUUCCAAAACUUGUUGAGGCUUGACUUGGGGACUGCUGAAGGGGAGGGUUGGACUCUAAUCAGUGAUAGACAAAAGGGCUUGGUUGGAGCUGUUGCAGAUACUUGGUCUAAAGCUGAGCACAGAUUUUGUUGUCGACACUUGUAUGCAAACUGGUGCGAAACACACUCAAGUAGGCACCUUAAGAACUUGUUCUGGUCCAUUGCAAAAUCAACAAAUAAGUCUGAUUUUGAAGAGAAAUUCAAAGAGCUUGAGAAAGUGCAUCCAGCAGCUGCUAAAGACUUGAUGCUUGUGGCUUCGAAGUAUUGGUGUAAGGCAUUUUUCAGUACAUGGUCCAAGUGUGACUCAUGUGACAACAACUUGUGUGAAGCAUUUAAUGGCACAAUUGUGGAAGCAAGAAGCAAAUCCAUUAUCUCUAUGCUAGAAGAUAUAAGGAGGGCAAUUAUGAAGAGAUUCAAAGACAAAAGGGUUGGGGUAAACUCCUGGAGACAUGAUUAUGGGCCACUCAUCCACAAAAAAGUUCAACACAAUGUGAAUGAGAGUCAUGUAUGGGUUGCUGAUUGGAAUGGUGGAGGCAGCUAUGAGGUAAGGUCUGGGAGGAGUCAAUAUGUAGUACGACUACGACAUGUUGAGUGCACAUGUGGGGCAUGGCAACUUUCUGGAAUUCCUUGUCCCCAUGCCAUUCGUGCAAUACACGACAAUGGUGAGAAGCCUGAAGACUACAUUAAUCUUUGGUACAAGACUAAUACAUAUUUAAGGGCAUAUCAAAAACCACUAGAGCCAAUUCGAGUAGAGAAUAUGUGGCCAAAAAGUAUGCAGGAUGUUGUGGUUCCUCCUAAACUAAGGAGAAUGCCUGGUAGACCUAAGAAGAAGAGAAGGAGGGAACAACAUGAGGUUACAUUGAAGAACAAGCUGUCUAGGACAGAGAUGUUGGUGACUUGUCGUGUUUGCAAAGGAAAAGGGCAUAAUGCAAGGAGCAAGAACUGUCCAGGUGUGAGAGCUACUGGUGUUUCCAGUAGCCAAAUCACUGACCUCACAGCAGCUACUAGUGUUUCCAGCAGCCAAAUCACUGACCUCACAGCUGCUACUGCCAGAAAUACAACUGAGUUGCCUAGAACUUCUAUGGCUAGAGUCAUCAACCGUGGAAGUCAGAACUCGAAGAAGAAGUCUUCUCAACAUGAAGGCAGUAGUGUUGGUGGCUCUUAA